UAGCUAGAGAUUUAUUGAAGAAGAAUUAAAAUGGACAAUAUCUACAAGCAAAAUGUAAAAAAUAUUGUUUUGAUUUUUGGUAUCUAAAUCUAUUUUAAAUUAUGAUUUGAGGCAAUUUAAUUGGGUUGGACAGUUUAAACUUUGCUUGUACAUAUAAUAAAAUUAAAAAAGAAGAAAUGUAAAAAAAAUAUUGUUUGCAUGUAUGUAGCAAGCAAAAUGUAAAAAAUAUUGUUGUGUUAUUGAGUUGGCUGAUCAUAUGUAUAUAUGUACCUCUCUUCUCUCCUCUCUCCUCUCUCUGCGCUAGCCACCACCCUUCCUCUUCCUCAUGCGGCAUGCCUCGCAUCCUGCGAGUCACUCAAACCAAACCCCCUCUCUUCUCUCUCUCACUCACUCAUGCAAAUUCCAUAUUAUUCCCAUGCCAAUGAUGCCAUGCACGCAGCAUGUACACUAGACUAAUCCUCUGCAUCCAUCUCUACCAUACAUUGCAUCCCCAUAAGUCCAUCACCACCGUACGUCCCAUCUAACACAAAUCCACACCCAAUCCAGCUCUCUUGUCUUGGCCGUCGGAUAUGCAUUCCACCCCAAUCUUUUACUUUUCUGAUCAGGAUAUAUACCGUAUUAACUAUGAUGGAAGUGAACAUAGUGGGUGGUUGCUGUUGUUGUUGUUGGGAAUGGCGGGAGGCAGGAGCCAGAGUGACAAGGAGAAGACCAAGAUGAGAGAGAGGCAGAGAAGGGCCAUCACCACCAACAUCUUCCAUGGCCUGCGCAAGCACGGUGGUUACCCACUCUCCCCACGCGCCGACAUCAACGAGGUCCUCCGUUACCUCGCCAUGGAGGCCGGCUGGAUCGUCCUCCCCGACGGCACCACCUAUCGCUCCAUCUCCAACUUUAUGAAAUGCUGUCCGGUAUGCGGAACAGCAACGGCGAGCGCCAGCCCGACACCAACAAGCAGCGUCGUCAUAGGUGGCGGCGCUGGUGGUGGAGAGUGUUCGAGGACAGCUUCGCCGGAAGGUUUCACCGUCGAAGGUCACAGCGUCACCGCGACCAGCUUGCGGGGGCUUCCUUCCCUCCAUGCCUCCAGCAGAAGUUCGUCAUCCCACCAGUAUGCCAAUGCCCCCAGGCCAUGGUCUCAUUAUACGCAUGGAGGAGGAUUCGAUAGUCUACUCAGAAACCAGUCCGCGAUAUCUGCACCAGCGCCUCAGCAGCAGCAUUUAUAGGAGGCAAGGGUCUCCAACCACAACACACCCGUUGCUUCGCCAAUGCCACGGGAUUAGAAAAUUUGUAUAUGUUUCAUGUUCAGAAUCAUAUUUAUAUACGAAAGCGGGAAGCCCAAAUUUUUAUGCAGAAUAAUAUUCAGAAUAAUUUUCCUAGU